AUGUGCCCUCAUGUCCUGCCCCCUGAAGGUGUGGUGACGGCCCCUUCGAGUACCGUGGGCAGGGUCACGGUGGGCUUCGAGCUCAAGGACGAAGAUGCGUCCGCCUGUCUUCUCCGCGCCCAAACCUUCAUGUCCCAAAUCAUCAACUCGCUCCUGGCCAACGAAACUUUGGGUGUGAGUCAGGUGAAGACGGACAGCUUCGCGUUUGCCCCGCUGGCCUACUGGGAGCAGCCGCCAGUCUCGGGCUACGGCGUGAAGAACUUCGUGUCGUUCAACACCCCCGUGGAGACCAUUGGCGAAGCCAUUGCGGUCGCCAUCGCCAACGGCGCCCAGAUCAUCCAGAACGUGCAGUUCAUCACCAGCCCAAACUCUGGUCUUGACUCCCUCCGCCCAGUGCUUCGACGCAACGUGCGGCAGUACUACUUGCAGGCGCAGUCCCUGGCCCUGGACGACGCGAUUACCCAGGCGAAGGCGAUCAUGGCGAAGCUGAUGUGCAGGUGGGACGGCAUCUACUCCAUCGUGGCCAACUCCCCCGGCUACGGCUACGGCCACGUCGACUACGGAUUUGCUGCGGAGGCCUCCCGUUCGUUCAUGCAAGCCAGCGCGCCUGUCAUCAUGAACGACGCCGAGGAGGUCAGGGCCUCAGUGACCGUCCAGUUCACGUACUCGGGGUGCAUUCACUCCUAA